GAGAGCUCCGAUUGGCUUGGGCAGCCGAGGGAGAGGGCGGGGACCGGCGCGGUACCCGGGCUGGCCUGCUGCAUGUACCGGUGUCGUCUUUUUCCGUCUGCCUCCAUGUUGAGUGGAUCUCGGGGCUGGGGGAGAGAAGAGGUGCUUCUGGAGUGGGCAUGGUGGCUGGAGACCCGACGGCGGCAUCCUAGUGUGUCUUGGAGAAUCUGGAGGAGUUGCUUCUCUAUCCUUAGCUAGCCAGCUGCUGCAACCUGUUCAAAAAUGGCUUGGGCUCUGAAGCUGCCCUUAGCGGAUGAAGUCAUCGAGUCAGGCCUAGUUCAGGAUUUUGAUGCCAGCCUUUCUGGCAUUGGCCAAGAGCUAGGUGCUGGGGCGUACAGUAUGAGCGAUGUCCUUGCCUUGCCCAUCUUUAAGCAAGAAGAAUCCAGCUUGCCUACUGACAAUGAGAACAAAAUUCUGCCCUUUCAGUAUGUUUUGUGUGCUGCCACUUCUCCUGCUGUAAAACUUCAUGAUGAAACUCUCACUUAUCUUAAUCAAGGUCAGUCUUAUGAAAUCAGAAUGCUGGAUAACAGGAAAAUGGGGGAAUUGCCUGAACUAAAUGGAAAGCUUGUAAAGAGUAUAUUUAGAGUGGUGUUCCAUGAUCGGCGGCUGCAGUACACAGAGCAUCAACAGUUGGAAGGCUGGAGGUGGAACAGGCCAGGAGACAGGAUACUAGAUAUUGAUAUUCCAAUGUCUGUGGGUAUAAUAGAUCCCAGAGCAAAUCCAACACAGUUGAAUACAGUAGAGUUUCUUUGGGAUCCUUCAAAAAGAACUUCCGUAUUUAUUCAGGUACAUUGCAUCAGUACAGAGUUCACUAUGAGGAAGCAUGGUGGAGAGAAAGGUGUGCCCUUCAGAGUCCAGAUCGACACCUUCAAGGAAAAUGAAAAUGGGGAAUACACUGAGCAUUUGCAUUCUGCCAGUUGCCAGAUCAAAGUCUUCAAGCCCAAAGGAGCAGAUAGAAAACAAAAGACCGACAGAGAGAAAAUGGAAAAGCGAACUCCUCAUGAGAAGGAAAAAUACCAACCCUCUUAUGAAACGACAAUACUUACAGAGUGCUCUCCAUGGCCUGAAAUCACGUAUGUCAACAAUGUGCCAUCACCUGGCUUUAGCAGUUCUCACAGCAGCUUCUCUAUCAGUGAAGGGAACGGGUCUCCAAACCACCAACCUGAACCUCCAGCUCCAGUUACAGAUAACCUCUUGCCAACAUCCACACCUCAGGAAGCUCAGCAGUGGCUGCACCGGAAUCGCUUCUCAACUUUCUCACGGCUUUUCACAAACUUCUCAGGGGCAGACUUACUGAAAUUAACCAGAGAAGAUGUCAUACAAAUAUGCGGUCCUGCAGAUGGCAUCAGACUCUUCAAUGCGUUGAAAGGACGGAUGGUAAGGCCAAGGUUGACCAUCUAUGUUUGUCAAGAGUCACAACAGUUGAGAGAUCAGCAGAAACACGAAGAUGGGGAUGCAGCCAAUGGUACCUUUUUUGUUUACCAUGCAAUCUACUUAGAAGAAUUGACUGCUGUAGAGCUGACAGAAAAAAUAGCCCAACUCUUCAGCAUUUCCUCGCAACAAAUCAGCCAAAUAUACAAACAAGGACCUACAGGGAUACAUGUACUCAUCAGUGAUGAGAUGAUACAGAACUUUCAAGAUGAAUCGUGUUUCGUCUUGGACACAAUGAAAGCUGAAACCAAUGAUAGCUACCACAUCAUCUUAAAGUAGAUAAGGACUCAAUCUUCUUGCAUCUGCUCUGCAUAUACAGCUUCAUUGUCAAGUUUGGCAACUGGACACCAGCACAGACCCAUUUUGCUACCACAACUUGUUUUCGCCUAUUAGGUGAACCGUGUGGAAUAUACCACUACUGGCAUGAAGUAGAUACCAGUCAUAAGCACAGAGCUGCUUAUUUCUAGCUCAGUGACAUUAGUAUACUUGUUUGCUAAUUAAAAUUGCCAGACUAUCCAGUGAUGGAACUUUGUAAUUAUAUGUAAUACAAAGAGGGUUGUGUGAGGCUUCUGCAGACAACAACCCUAGUACUUCAAUAGACUAAACCUUGUUGUUCUGAUGGAUAUCUGGGCACCCUAGGAAUUGUGUGUCCUUUCUAGGGAAACUCUUGAAGGUCUAUACCACUUCGUUGAUUCUGACAAGCCUGGAUUGAAAAAACACUCCUGUUUUUUUAAUUGAAAAAACACUCAAGUUCUGACUUUUUCAGAAUUUGUUUGAGAUACAAAAAUCUGUGUAUCAAAAGGUGCUCUUAUACAUAACUAUGUGAGUGAUUUCUUGUACUAGUACAAGUUAGGAGAAAGCUGUGAGUUUAUGAACUCCGUCUACUUGGGCCGUUACCUAACACUCUUGUUAAAGAGGGUUCAGAGGCAGAAAAAAAUAAAAAGAAAUGAUGAAAUCAGUAUCCAGGGCUUUCUUCUGUUUACUUAAAGAACUCCCAAGGAAGAGAGAAAAGACUGUGUUAAAAACAGCAAGAAUAUAUUGGAAUGAUUUAUGUGAGAUGAUGUUGAACUGAUGCAGACUUUGGAAUGAAAUCCUACUGGAAUUCACUGUCCAAGAGUAGAUUCAAAAGCAAGAAUUUUAUAAUGCUUUUUGAAAAGCUUUGAAUACUCCAUGGUGAUAAAGUCCCUGAAUCUUUGUUUCCAGGGCAGCAACCAGUCUCUUACUAAAAAGGUCUCCACAUUUUGAAAUGAAUGCAUUUUUUGAGUCUUGGAGGGAAAGAAGGGGAAACUAUUUUAGCUACAGGAAAUAAUGUCCCCAAAUUAUAAGUGGACAGCAAGUCUAAGGAACAACGCCAGAUUCUCCGUGACCUUUCCAGUGCCCCUAGCAAAAUGAAAAAUCUCUGCAAGCUGUAGUUUCAUAUUCCAGAGGGUAAUGUGCUCUUGCCUAAGCUAGGUUCCCUAAUCAGUGGACAGAGGCCAGGAAGCUGAUAUAGGCUGACAUUAACCUAAAGCUGAGAGUUUGAGAAAAGGACUUGCAUUUUAUUAAGUGGAAACCAAGUUAUCUGUUUCCUAAGGAUAUCAGACUAUUUGAGAAGUUUUUCACUUUAAAUGAGUUUCAUAAAAAAAAAAGAGAAAUACACUUUAAAAAGAUCUUGUACAGUAGCUUUACCAUUUUUAAAUAGAAUCUAAGAGUUCAUACCUGAUGCAUUGAAAAAAAAAUCAGCUUUUUCAGAUUGCCUUUGAAGCUCUUAUUUAUAUUAUGACAUACUCCCUGUUCCAUCUCCCAGAAUGGUUACCAACCUUAAUUAGGAUAUUGUUUGCUUUAAUUCUGUACCUGAAACUCAUGUGAUCCAUCAGGAUGCUUGAGCCGACUGGGUAUAGUGAUGAAGCUAAAUUAAUGGUGACCUACAGACUUCCAUUAUUCCUAAUAAUGGAUUGUGUGCAUAGACAUAGUGAUAGCAGGGUUAAGAGUUGAUUGAUAGAGUCCCCAGAUCAGUCUUUGAGGAAAUGUCUUGCACUAUGACAAGGCUUGUAGUGUUCCUAGUUGUAUGGUAUGUGUUCAUAAGACAACAACUUGGCUUUCUGAUUUCAGUACAGUAAAAUGUCGCUUAUUAGAACAUGAGCAAAUCUGGUCACUUGUUAUUGUCUUUCCUUUUCUCCAUAGUGUAUCCAACUUCAGAGGAAAUAGCUUUGCAUCUUAAGCCAAAGUUUCCCAGUGCAGAGGUCACAGGAAACUGUGUCUCAACCCUUUUUAUAUCAAGCUGUAAAACUAGAAUCAAAUUGACAUGAUUUUUGAAUCAACCAUCAUCCUUCGUACUGUCAAGUAUGUCUGUCUGUCUGUCUGUCUGUCAAGCAGUACAUACAAUACAUAAAUGACAGCUUAUUUUUUCUUCCUUUCUCAAACUGUGUUCAAUCACUUUGGGAUAUUUUUUUUAUCCUAAGAGCAUGUAUGAGAGUGUUUGCCAUUCUUCCUGGAACUGUAAUGAUUUGUUAUGUGUUUGUUUUCAGUAAACCAUUGAAUGAAACAAUGAACUAUAAAA